CGGAAGACAUUUUGUGUUAUACGAAAAAAAUUUUUGUUAUACUUCGUUCGUGCAAAAACCGUUGUCGGAGGUGGAAAUCAAUAGAUCGAAGAUGUUAUAAACAUUAACAAAUAUCCACAAAACACAAACCAUACAGACAGACAAGACACAAGACAAGCGCAGACAGAAUGUCGGACAUUAACGAUGAUCUGCUUAACUACGAGCUUGGCGAUGAUAUUGAUGAUCAGGCCUUGCUUGGUGCCGACGAGGACGAGCUGCUGCUUUCGGAUGAGGAGUUGGAAAAGGAUGUCACCAGUGAGGUGAAACAACAGAUGCGUGCUGAGGCUGAGGAAUGGGCACAAGAACAAUUGCGUCAGCACGAGCGCAAACAAAAGGAAACGAAUUUGGUUAAAGAGGCAGCUACUCCUUCUGCGCCUGCCCCUGCCCCUGCCCGCGCCCCUUCGCCCACUCCGGUUUCCACACCAGCACAGCCAGCUCCUAAUACCACCUUAACGGUAGAAGUUAGGCCUAGUCCAAGCCAAAACAAAGACGUAGAGACUGUCACGUCUUUGAAAGAAACUGAAGUGCAAAACGAAGAACCCGGUAACAAUUCUAAAAUAAGUGCAACGCUGGAAUGUCCUAAUCAGGCAGAAACUUCUGCUGUAAAUAAUGGCCAAGAUGCUAAAAUAGAGGAACAAGAGCACCAGCACCAGGAAGAGAAGGAAAAGGAAGGAACCGAAGUGGAAACAGAAACAGAAGAAGAGGCUUCUGUGUCAGAAGUUGGUGACAGCUCAUCACAGAUUGCCACUGGCUCGUCGCAAGAUAAUCUGCCUAAUGUCACUGGCAGUGCCAUGCCCGAUCCCCGCGAGGAUGAGGAAGAACGGGAGGAGAGAACCAACUUUAAGACCUCCAAUGAGCGUGGCGAUAACGGUACACAAAAACAGCAGCAGCCACAACAUUCGCAUUCGGUAGGCCUUUUGAAUUUGUAUCCAAACCAGCAGAUGCAAAGGCGGCAUCAUCAUCAGCAAGGAGGGAACGGUGGACGUUUUCUGCAGCAGCAGCAGCAACAACAUAAUCUUCUUAAAUCGCCACGUGGAAUGGCAGGAGCUCGUCAUCAUCUAUUGCGUUCGCCCUCGCCAAUGUUUCAACAGCAGCAGCAACAGCAGCAGCGGGGAGGAGUUGUUAUGCCUCCGCCGUCAGCUCAAAGAUAUGGCAUGCCGGGCCCAGGUCCCGGUCAGUACCCAUCUCCCACGCAGUCAACACAGCAACAACAACAGCAACAACAGUCACCACAACAACAACAGCCACUCAACAGUCUCAAUCCCGCCAACGCCUCCCCGCAUCAUGCACUAUUACAUCAUCCGCAUGUCCUUAAUCCCGUCUCAGGCCAUUUGCUGCCCCAUCCCCAUGAGCAAGUACGCGUUGGUCUGCUCCAACCGCCAUCACUAUCCUAUAAUCCGCCUGGAUAUCGCAAUGGCGGAGGAGCUGGUGUACCCUUGCUGGGCCAGGGUCCUCUAGCACCGCAACAGCAGCAACAGCAACCGCCUCGUCCGCCCAUGUAUCGCAAUGGACCGCCAAAUCAUCCUCAUCCUUACGGCCAGAUGGGUCCACAACCAGUACCACCACCACACCAGCAGCAGCCACCACAGCAUCCUGGCCAGUUUAUAAGGCCGCAUAACGGUUGGCGACCACAAGGUGAUGCUGGCCGCUUGCCACGCCCACCACUGCAAGUAUUGCCGCCACAUAUGAUGCCAGGAGCUGGGCCCAAUUAUGUCAAUGGCCUAGCCAUGAGAGGGCCAACACCUCAGCAGCAGCAGCAGCAGCAACAGCAACAACAACAACAACAACAACAGCAGCAGCAACAACAGCCACAACCACAACCAAAUCCCAGCCAGCAACCAGGGCAGGCUGCAUCAGCAGUCCCCCGCCUAAGCAAAGUGCUCAUCAAUCCCAAUUUCAAGGGCGGUGUCGAGGCGGCAACCAAUAAAUUCAUCAAGGAGACACAUUUCAUGCCUGCCAUUAACAGCGAAGCGGAGCUACUGCGUCAGCAGGAAGAGUUCAUUAAUAAGAAUCGCCAAUAUUUCGAGAAACGUCGCCUGGAAAGGUCGCCACCUGCAUCAUCAGGCUCAGGUGAGCGUCGACGGAGUCGUAGUCGGAGUCGAUCCCGUGGACGCAGUUACUCGCCAAUUAAACGCACAGAUCGUGAGAGGGAACGUGACCGUGAGAGAGAUAGAGAGCGGGAAAGAGAGAGGGAGCGCGAUAGGGAAAGGGAACGCGAACGGAGACCACUUCCUGGAAGUAAUCGGGGAGGAGGAGGCAAUCUUCGUCGCGAGGCAGGCAAUCCCAACAGUGGCAGUGGUACAGGUGGAGGCGGAUCCAAUGCCAGUGCUGGCGGUAACGGCGGUGGAUCAACACAACCCAAACGACGACGAAGUGGCUCACCGUCAUCCACACGGAAUCCAUUUUCGGGGGAGCUACGUGGUCGGGCAUCAGACAGUGGUGGCCGCGUCAUUGCUAGCGAUGAGGAUGAGGAGACGCGCAUCUAUCGCUUGGAAAUCGAGAAACAAAAACAACUCCGGGAAAAGAUAAUGCGAGACAAGGAGCUGAAGCGUCGGCGUGCUGCUGAAGAAAAACAGAACGAGGAUAAACGCGCCGAGCAGCAGCAGGAUGAAACUGAAACUGGAGGUGCCAAUAGUGGAAGCGGAAGUGGAGGAGGUGGUCAAAAGCAACGCCAGCCAUCUAGUGGAACUAGUGAACGCAAGGUAAUAUCUUUAAAGCGCCGCGAAGAUCCUGAUACGGGUAAUGGUCGAAGCAGCACCAGCACGAGACACCAGACGCAGUCGACACAGUCAUCCCAAUCCCUAACGCAGGGACGCAAACAAUUAACGGCAGCUAAAUUGGCACCCGAAGCCAAGCGAAGCAUAACCGAGCACUUGAAUGCCACCAGCAAACAACAACAACAGCAGCAGCAGAUUCAGCAGCAAAAUGCAAUAACAGCUGCCGUCUCGUCACAUCGUGUGGCAUCCGGAGCUGGAGCUGGAGCUGGAGGAACUCCGCCCCAAUCGCAUGAUAUGCUGCGCAUGGCCACUCCGAGUGAUGACGAUAACGAUGAUGAAGUGGAACUGGAUUAUGACGACGAUGAUUUAUUGCUGGAUGAGGAAGAUCGCCUACUGGCGACACCAUCUCCACCACCGCCCCAGCAAUUGGUGGUGAAUAGCAAACGGUCGGCCACUCCCGAAAUGCUAGUGAUGAAACGAAUUCACAAAUUGGUGGUGCGUCCCAAUGCUGGCUCAUCAUUUGGCUCGAGCCAAAGGCGGGUUGUACUAAAACCCAAUAGCAAUGGCAGUGCUGGAGGAGGAGAUCAGCAGCAAUCUUAUCAUGGCAGUCGGCAGAGAGACCGAAGGCAUCGGGAGGAGCAAAGGAAAGGCAAUGCUGGAAGUGGAGGAGGAGGUGGCAUCUUUGAUCGUCUGGAGAAACGACAGUCAUCGACAACUGGAGGAGCUGCUGCAGGUGGAGGCAGUGGCGGCGGCGGUGGAGGAGCAUCUGCUGGAGGAGGAGGUAGCAGCAAACGCCACAAGGCUCCUGCCAGAAUCGUACUCAAGCACGAUUAGACCGUCUACACCAGGAUGAAGAACGAGAUGCAAGUGAAAUUAGUUUGUAAUGUCCUUUUUUUUUUUUUUUGUAAUGAAUAUUCGCCUACAUAAAAAAAGGAAAAGAAGAUUAAUUCAAUAUAAUUUAUAUUUAUAGUAACUUACAAUCGAGAUGCAACCACAAAAUCCGAAAAAAAUAGAAAUUACCCAUUUAAAAAUUAAGGGAUAAAAUAAUAGAAAAAGUUGCAGGCACUUGAAAUCAUGUAAUAACUAUUUGUAGUACUACUAGCCCUAUAACAAAAUGCAUAAAAAUCUAUUAUAUGGAUGUAUGCUGAUUACUUUAGUUAUAAAUGUACAAAAACAAAAUAUUCUUUAUGAUUAUGACAAAACGUUGUGAGAAAGACGUUUUCUUAAACCGAAUUAUAUAUAAAUUUGUUACUCUCGUAACACAUAAACA